AUGGCUGCGAUCCAUGUCUUCGAUGAUCUCUUUCUCGCCUCGCUGAAUAGUGCAUUAUCCAGGGCGGACGUCAAGACAGCUGGAGUACCGGCAAAAGUCGAGGCAUCCAUCCGUAAAGUUCUCGAUGUGCGCAUCUCUUCCGCCGGCGCACAUAUCAGUCCACUUAAGAGAGAGAGUGCCCUUGAGCUUCUACGUUCGCUGGUGAAGUCCUGGCGUACACUGCUACCAGAGAAUGGCUGUCCAACUGAUAAGCUGAGCUUGAGCUACACUGCCGUCUGUGCUUCCAACCGGAUCACUUGGCACGUGGUGCAGGAUGGGAACGACUUACUCGCUUGCUUGACGGGUCCGCUGAAGGCUGAGAAUGGGCUUGUUGUCCCAAAACUCGUCGUGGAAGACAUCAUCAUAGCAGCCUGCAGGAUGUACCUUAUCUUACAUCACGCGACCCCUGAGAUCGUCGAGGUCGAUGAGUCUCAGCAACGGAUGCAAGCCGUGAAGCUGACGCCGACUUUAUUUGACGAAAAUGCCUCGAUUUCCAAGUCAGUCAAGCUCCAUCAGCUAGGAGAUCCGGGAUACCUGCCAGCCUAUCCGACGUUCAGGGCACCUACGACGAUACGACUUAGAAAGCUGCCCAAGGACGGAGUUACUUCAAGCAGUACUCCGCAGCCGGUAGCCAUUUCCCCGUCUCCGCCCAAGAUCGUCAUGGUGGAGGAUACAAAAGAAAGCAAGACAUCUAACACUCCGUCGAAAGACACUGGCAAAGGCAAUUCGACCCAUGCUACGGCUGUACCCUGGCUCGAAGACGAGCUCGAGUUCGCCAUAACUUUGCUGAUCGUGUUCCGUUCAACAUCAUGGGGUCAGCUCACCGACACACUCAACGAGCAUUUCCGCAAGCGCCCUGGUCUCUUAGGUGGUAAGGUGAUCCAGCGAGGGAACCGAACCAGGGACAGUGUCCGUCAAAAUCAUGCCAUCAAGUACGUGCACAGCCAGCUUGCACGUCUAGAUGAACAGAGCAACCCGCAGAAUCCGGCAAUCGAUAUCGAUUGGGCUGCAGAAUACCAGCGAAUGCAUGCGGCUGAAAGUUCUGAGGUCGAGUCGAGUAGCGGCGAGGAGGAGGUGAAGCCGAAAGUCAAAGAAAGUGGAUGGCUCGCUAUCAAUUCUUCUAAGAAAAUUGACGAUGAUCAAGACACACUGGAGAAUGGGGGCGACCACGAUUCAAGCGGCGGAGAUCAUGAUGCUUUGGGCGAUAUUGAUGAGAUGAUGCGGCGCGAUGGCCUCGGCGAACUUGAGCUAACCGAAGAUGACUUCAUUGCUUGA